GUGUGAGGAUGUGGAGGGUGUGUGGAUGGUUGUUAGUGAGGGUGUGAAGUGUGGAGGGUGUGUAAGGGUGAUUGUUAAACAAGGGUGUGUGAGUGUGUAUGUUGUUGGUGAGAGUCGUCUUAACCUAACUGUAGUGAUAAUAUGUCAUUUUUGUAACUAUAACCUGCUGCCCAAGUAUUAUAUCGCAUGUAUUGAAUUAUUAAUAAUUAUAUCAGUUAUCAUAUUUUGCAAAAUAAGGUAGUAUGACUGAUGACUUUCAUUAUGAUGCAAGUGAGUAUCUACAUAAUAUUAUUAUGUACAUUGAUUCGAUAAAAUAAUGUACAGUGUAUACAGUUGCAUCUUUGUAUUAACUGUUCAUACUAUAGUGAGUCUGUCUCUCCACCCACUGUCUCUGAUCUGUGCAGGUCCUGUGGUGUCCCCAAUGAAGCUGAGCUACUCAACCCAGUGGGAGCAAUACCUCACUCAGGAGAUAGUGGACGAAAUGAAUGCACUGGUGGCCUACUACAACACCAAACAAGCUACUCCCGAAAUGAAGGCCGUCUGGAAGGAGAACAUAUUCUUUGUCAAUAAGUUAAGAAAUCGUUGGGGAAAGUGCGGCCAUGAUUCCCUGGAGAGAACUUUGGUGACUCUUUUAUGACUUAUAUCGAUCAAUUAAUGAUGCCCAAAUGAGGUAUUCUAUGAUUUACCUUUUCAAUCAAUGUUCAUUAUAAUCUGCCAUAAAAAUUAUAUUAUAGCUGG